CAGAUGGUUUUCAAUGUGUUUUGUACACUUUUAACUUUGAUUUUUAAAGCAAAUCUCAAGAUUCUGAGAUGGGAUGGGGUGUGGGGAGGAGCUUAUUUCAGAAACUAUUGAUUUGUGCCAGAAAUUAAUGUCAAAUUUAUUCAUAACACUUCAAAAACUUCCGGAAAAACAUGAUCAACUUCGAUUUCAUAUAGUGGCAACAAGUGAAAAUUUGCUAGGUUAGGUUUGCUUAGGUUAGGUUUCAACAGUUAUUUAGAAGUUGAAAUUGUUAUGAGAAUAGGGUCAAUAUUUAGAAGUUGCUACUACCUAACUGAUUAUUGAGUCAAUAUGGGGAGAUAGAGAAAAAAAUUAAAAUGUAUUCUAAAAAUUUUCCGUCGGGAAUUUUUAGUUUUCGAGUUAUAUUAACUUUUAUUUUAUAAUAUUUGGCCAAUCAGUGCGAGUGUUGAUGUGACAUCAUAGUCGUGCGUGCCAAUCAGCGUGAGUGCUGAUGUGACGUUAUACUCGUGCACUAAUCAGCUGCUCGGCAUUUGCGGCCAGUUGGAAGAUGGCAUCUGUGUGAGGUGUAUGUACAGUUGCCAGCAAAAGUCCUCCUACAACUUGCUACACAGGGUUGUGGGAGAACUUUUGCUGGCAACUGUACAUUGGCUGGCUGCCGCAUUAUUCAGCACAAUUUGGACAAUAAAGCAGCAGCUGUUAUCAUUUUUAGGGCUCAUGGUCUUUUUGUUUCAUCUGUAAAGUGUCCGAGAUGUAAUUCAUUGUCAGUAAUGUUUAGAUAACCAUGCAUGGUACUGUGAUAAGAGAAGGACAUUGAUGAAGACACCAUUUCAUCAUUCAAGUCUCAUCACUCUUUACUCCUGUAUCUCUUACUUAAGUAUCUCGUCACUAGAUUUUACUGACAAGCCGACACAAUGGUGGACUGUGAAGAGGAUCCUUUGCCAGAUGUAGCUGAUUUAAGCAAGAUAGAAGUGGGCCUUUACUUAGUGAAUGAUAUGGCAAAUGAAGAUCUUUUGAGUCAUUUUGAAGAAGCUGUAGCAUUCAUAGAUGAUGGACAGAAGAAAGGCAAUGUUCUGGUUCAUUGUUACUUUGGAGUGUCAAGAAGUGCAACUCUUGUGACUUGUUACCUAAUGAAGAAGUACAAGAUGUCAGUUGAUGAAGCUCUGCAAAGAGUGAAAUCAAGGAGGCGAUGUGUUGGUCCUAACUCAGGAUUUUUGGGCCAAUUACUACUAUACCAGAUGAUGGGAUGGAAUCUAGUUGAAAAUAAUUUGCAGUAUCGACUUUAUAGACUCAAGGCUGCUGCUGCGUCAAUGGUCAUAUGUGGCAAAAAAGACAUGGAUGAAAAAUUUCAAAAUCUUGUGCAGCAAGAUCCUCGUCUUCAUUCAAAUUAUAAUUUUGUAGCCUACAAAUGCAGAACUUGUAGGUCUCCACUAAUAAACCAAGAUUUCAUUUUGCCACACUGUCAUGGAGAAACUCCAGUUUGGAGUGAUAGUAAGUGGUCAGGAGCAGCGAAUAAUCUUCAUACUUGUGAUGAAGGAAUUUUCACUCUACCAAUUAGCUGGAUGAAAGAAGUAACAAGCACCUUACAAGGAAAACUUUUCUGCCCAAAGUGCCAGGCUAAGGUUGGAACCUAUAAUUGGUGUGCAGGUUGUGACUGCCCAUGUGGAGCAAAGAUAAUUCCAGGAUUCUACUUUAUUCCAUCAAAAAUAGAUAAAUGUAUGUAAAGCAUUCCACACUAUUCCAGUUAUUAAAAAGGUGGAUACUA